AAUUCCUAAACCAAAUAGGAAUAGCACUCCUAAUUUUUCUUCUAUAAAAAGGCCUCAAUCAUUGAUACCAACCUCUUUAUCAACACAAUCCUAUCAUCAAUCGACACUUUGUCCCACUCUCUCUACCCCACCACCAAACAAACCUCUCUUAAAUCUCCAUUAUAUAUUAUCCAAAACCUCCAAAAUCACUCCUACACAAAUAUCAUCUCAAAAAAAAAAAAAACUCUCGUUAAUGGCCGCUGCUAUCUCAAAUUCUCUCUCCCAAACUCAACUGAAAUUCUCUCUUGUUCCUUCUCAAAAACCUCUGAACCUCAAAUUUAAGCACUGGGAUUCGAACCUUGGUCGCGGCAAAUUCCAGAGUAUUUCGGCGAAGUGUUGCCUGAAUUUACCAUUGAAGCUUAAGUCUCCUGUAGGAAGAUCGUUGAGUAGUGUUCUUCAAAACGAACCUCACUGUUUUUACGACGCCGUUUCAGUGGAGUUGAAUCGAAUUGCUGAGGAUCGUGAUGCCGCUUUUGCUCGUUUUGAUCUUAGCUUGGGCUCCUCUGAGGCUUCCCUUCAUAGGAGGAUUGCAAAAUUGAAAGAGGAAGAAUGUCAAGUUGCUGUAGAAGAUGUCUUGUACAUGAUAAUCUUGUACAACUUCUCGGAAUUUAAAGUGCCUCUAGCUCCUAGCCUCUCUAAAUGCCUCUACAAUGGCAGACUAGAGAUCCUACCUUCCAAGGACUGGGAGCUAGAAUCUAUUCACAGUCUUGAGGUCUUGGAGAUGGUUAGGGAACAUCUAAGUAUCGUCCUUGGGUGGAAGGUAGGCUCAAGUGUUACUGUCAACUGGUCCACGACUAAAGUCCGGAGACACCAUCUUAGCCAAGUUUAUCAAGCAUCAAUCUUGUAUGGUUACUUUUUGAAAUCUGCUUCCCUUAGGUACCGUUUGGAGCAAAGUCUACCUCCAACAUACCAACAAAUAUCUUUUGGGAGCUGGAGCCCGCCUCCAGAAUUUCAGUCCUGUGGCUUCGAGAAUGUCUUUCAUGGUAACAUGUUCAACCCAAGAUCCAGAACAUUAAGCCAGGUUAGUAGAAGACCAAGGAUGAAAGAGGCCAAUCUAAGGUGCUAUGUGACAGGUUUUGACGUGCAGACAAUGGAAGAAUGUGCAAAGCUGAAAUCAGAGGAGGCUGCUGAGCUUAUUGAGAAGCAUUGUUUAGCACUUUUUGGGAAUUCUAAUGCUGAAAACAAUGACAUGAUCUUGACUUCUUUGUCAAGCUUGAAAAGAUUGGUUCUCGAAGCUGUUGCAUUUGGGUGUUUCCUUUGGGACGCAGAGCAGUGUGUCAACAGUACAUAUAAACUCAAGGAUAGAUAUUAAAACAAGCCUUGGAGUAAUUGGUAAACUCUUUAGAGAAAACUUUUUAAGCUAAUUUUGUAAAUAUGGAAGGCUUAUUUACCUUGGCUUUUGGCUACUAGCAGUAAGCAUAGUUUUUAGAUGAGUAAUGACUUGAACAGCAAACUGCUAUGCUUUAGUUUCUUCCCCUUCGCCACGCGGGUUCAAGGUGUAAAUAUUACUUAUAUGACACUAUUUGUGCACAGUUGGUGUUUAUAUAUUCUUCAUAUUUUACUCA